UUUUACAUCAAAAACAUCCAUGGGGAAACAAGGGUUUGUUUUCCACAACAACCCCUCUUUACUUCUCUUGCUGUUAUUGCUUUUUGAAGCCACAAACGUCGGUGGAGCCGCCCGGUUGAACCACUGGGAGUCUGGGAUCCGACUGCCUUCAGAUGAGCCGCAGGGUGUAGAUAAUCAGGAGCUUGGAACAAGAUGGGCUGUUCUCGUGGUUGGUUCAGCUGGCUUUGGUAAUUACAGGCAUCAGGCAGAUGUAUGCCACGCCUAUCAGCUGUUGAGGAAAGGAGGAUUGAAGGAAGAGAACAUCAUCGUAUUUAUGUGCGAUGACAUAGCCAUGAAUGAGCUGAAUCCAAGGCCUGGAAUCAUCAUCAACCAUCCCCAAGGCGAUGAUGUUUAUGCUGGUGUUCCUAAGGAUUACACCGGUGAGCAUGUUACAGCUGAAAAUUUGUAUGCAGUUCUUCUUGGUAACAAAAGUGCAUUGAGUGGUGGAAGUGGAAAGGUUGUCGAUAGCCAUCCCAAUGACAGAAUCUUCAUAUACUACUCCGAUCAUGGAGGCCCCGGAGUUCCAGGGAUGCCAAAUAUGCCAUUGCUGUAUGCCAUGGAUUUUCUUGAUGUCUUGAAGAAGAAACAUGCAGCUGGAAGCUACAGAGAGAUGGUUAUAUAUGUAGAAGCAUGUGAGAGUGGAAGUAUCUUCGAAGGCAUAAUGCCAAAUGAUCUUAACAUUUAUGUAACAACGGCAUCGAAUGCCCAAGAGAGUAGUUGGGGAACUUAUUGUCCUGGGAUGGAUCCUCCUCCACCUCCGGAGUUCAUCACUUGUUUAACUAGUCAUGUUCCUUCUGGUCUUGAACGUUCAAUUAAGUUGUAAACCAAAUGUUCACUCCAGGUCCGGUUGUUCGAAACAGACUGUGGGUCACUGACUCAAUACGGAAUGAAGCACAUGCGUGCAUUUGCCAACGUUUGCAACAAUGGUGUUUCUCGGUCCUUAAUGGAAGAAGCGUGUGUCGCAGCAUGCGGUGGCCGUGAUCCGAGACC